CAAUCGGUCGCGACCUUUUUCACACCCGCUUCACAAAAGAAGCCGGAGCCUAUCACUUGGCGGGUUCUGGGCACCAGUCUGAUCAUUGGGAAGUAUGUUCCUGCGAAGAGUAUAUCGGCAGCAUCAGAGCAGGCCCGCAGGAUAGCAUCCUUUGAUUUGGAUUCAACGUUAAUCAAGACUAUAUCGGGAAAUACCUUCCCCAGAUCUCCGAAAGAUUGGCAGUGGUGGGAUCCGACGGUUCCAAGGAAGCUCCGCGAGCUCCAUUCGGAGGGUUUCCAAAUCGCGAUCUUCUCGAACCAGAAAAUGAUCAAGAUUCAGAAAGAUAUCAAGCACGGAAACAGUGAAUCGAAGAGCUUGGCAAACUUCAAAGAAAAAAUGACGGCCGUCAUGACUCAAUUGGAAAUUCCCAUGACUGUGUACGCUGCUACUACCGAUCCGGAGUACCGAAAGCCUCGUCUGGGCAUGUGGCGUGAGUUCCAGGAUGACUACGAUCUUGACGUAUUGGGCGUGGAUCUUAAGGGUUCAUUCUUUGUUGGCGAUGCCGCAGGGCGGCCGGGAGACCACUCCGCUGUGGAUCGUGGGUUCGCGAUGAAUGCUGGCAUGACAUUUAAGACACCUGAGGAGUUCUUCCUUGGUCAGCCCCUGGAAGAAGUCCCCGGGAUCUUUGACCCGGCUUCAUACAUCAAAUCAGAGUCAGAUUCGCCAGCAGUCCCCAAACCGUUCGCCCGCAAGCAUCCUCUGGAGCUUGUUAUCUUUUGUGGCAGCCCAGGCUCUGGCAAAUCAACCUAUUUCUGGAACAACCUGGAGCCGCUAGGGUACGAACGAGUGAAUCAAGAUAUCCUUAAAUCACGCCCGAAAUGCCUCAAAGUAGCCCGCGAGCACCUCGAGGCCAAGAAAUCCGUAGUCGUCGACAACACGAACGCAAAUCAAGAGACCCGGGCCUUCUGGCUAGAACUAGCCAAAGAGCUCAACGUACCCAUCCGCUGCAUUCACUUCCUCUCCCCGCCCGAGUUGUGCAAGCACAAUAACGCUGUCCGAGCCUCCAACAAGGAAUUGGCAUUACUAAUACUCUCAUUCCAACAGAACCCAGAAGCCAGACAAUCUCUCCCUGGAAUCGCAUUUGGAGACUAUGCGCGCAGGUACCAGGCGCCUACUCUCGACGAGGGCUUUGAGGAUAUCAUACCUGUGAAGUUCCAAUUUAAGGGGACCGAAGAGGAGAGUAAGUUGUGGGGCCAGUAUUGGACCUGA